CUCGGGUUCCCGCGCGCUCCCUGUAGCCUUUCUCAGCUUGCAGCUCCAAUGGUCGCGCCCUGGCAAGCGCCUGCCGCGGAGAGCGCUCGGGCAUGUGGAACAUCGGCCGGCACGUCGGCCAGUGGAGGAGCCCCAGCGGCAGCGGCCACGCCCUGAGCGCUGCCUCGCCGGCCCCCGCCUGGCAGGCCUCGGCCUGUCUGCCGGGGGCGCUGCCGGGGGCUCUGCCGGCCUCCGCGCCCUCGUCCAGCGGCGACGCGGUGGAGCAACACAUCGCGGACCUGCGGGCGGAGGACCUCGAGCAGCUCUCGGCGGCGCACCUGGAGCGGCUUGUGCAGACAGCUGCAUCGCCGACGCCGGACAUCCUCGCCUCGCUGCUGGACGACGACGACGGCGGCGGCGCGGCGGCGGCCUCCCCGCCGCCAGCCGCGGCGGGGGCGCCGCCGCUGCCGGCGGUCGUCCGGCUGAACGUCGGCGGGAGGCUCCUGACGACCACGGUGCAGACGCUGCGGAGGGACCCGGGCUCGCGGCUGGCCAGGAUGUUCGGCGACGAGGCGCAGAUGCGCCCCCCCCGCGACGCGCAGGGCCACUUCUGCCUCGACCGCGACGGCCGGCUCUUCCACCACGUGCUGAACUUCCUGCGCGACGGCUCGCCGCCGAUCGGGCUGAGCCGCGGCCUGCGGCUGGAGCUGCUGCGCGAGGCCGAGUUCUACGGGCUGGGCGCCCUCCACGCCGCCCUCGGCGGCACGCAGCAGCCGGCCGACCUCGUCGCCCAGGCCCCCGCGGCGGAGGGGGCGCGGCCCCCGCCGAGCAGGGCGUCAUACGCGCGCUGCGGCACGGCCACCGGCCUGUCCCGCCCGGGCGCCCGCCUGCCGGCGCCCCCCGCGCCGCCCCUCUGGGCCGACGCCGCCUGCGCGGACUUUGCGCCGCCGCGGCGCACCACGCGGUGCUACGUGCGCCUGCGCUUCGGCUCCGAGUACAGCGGGGAUUGGAUUGUGACUUCCCCGCGGCAGCUGCCGGGCGUCGACUACCAGCUGCACAACGCGUGCAUCGCCAGGAGCCCCAUCGACGCCCUCAACAAGAUGUGCCAGGCUGGCUACCGGCCGUGCGAGGACCCGCCCAGCGUGCCGCCGGUGGACGACUUCUACACUGACAACUGGUUGAUCGCCAUGUUCCGGGACGUCGACAGCUGCGCGGCCGCGGCCGCGGACGACCCCCUGGGCAGCGGCGUCGCCGAGCAGCCGCAGCUCUCGCAGACGACGGGCAGCGAGCUGCAGAGCCGCUCGGUCACGCCGUCGCCCCAGCGCCACCGGACUGUGAGCAGCGAGAGGCUCGCGUCCAGGACCUUCAGCGACCUCGAAGGCAGCGGCGCUGGCAGCGCUAAUAGCGCCUGGCGCCUGUGCCCCUGUGUUGGCCUGCCCCGGCCGUCGAGUGUGCGCACCCCCCGGGGUGCUCGGCCAGAGAGUGGCUGCCGUGCAGGACCUGUACACGGCGGCCUCGGCGGGGCGGGGCGGCGUUUCGCAGCGCCCGUGGCGGCUGCGAGCCGGCCCGGGCGGUCGCGUCAGAGCCCCAGGGCUCCGAGCAAGAGACUGGCGCCUCGGGACCUGCGGCGACGACCCCGAAGGCACCGGUGCUGGCGCUGGCGCCGUGAGCGCCGCCCCGCAGCUCCGAGCCCGCCUCUCGCGUCGCUGGCCAGAGUCGGGCGCGCCACG